UCCUCAAGUUGUUAAUAACACAGACUUUUCGUAAGAUUUAUAACAGCUUUAUCGAGACGUAAUUUAGGAAAACUACUAUUAAGCAAUGCUCGACACAGUUCCAGCAACAUGACUAUAUAUAUAUCUCUUCCCCUCCUUCCUCCCUCUCUUCCUAAAAAGAAGCCUCACACAUCAAAGGAUGAUGAAGCUGAAUGAUUUCAAGCCUCUCAUCUGUUUCCUUCUCGGAGCAUUCGCCGCCGCCGCAUGCAUACUAUCAUACCUGUCGAUGCAACAACCUGGAGGGAUAGAAGGGCUACGAGUCUGGGGGUUCGGAGCUGAGGUAACUGAGCAAACUGUGGACUAUGAAGGUUUGGGCAGGGUGUUGAAGGAUGCUGCGAUGAAUGAUAGCACAGUCAUACUAACCACACUUAAUGAAGCAUGGGCGGAGCCGAAUUCUAUCCUCGAUCUUUUUCUUGAGAGUUUCCAUAUUGGUGAACAAACAGAGCAACUUCUAAAGAAUUUGGUUAUUGUAGCCAUGGAUCCAAAGGCAUUUGACCGAUGCCGGACAAAGCACCCUCAUUGCUAUUACCUCAACAUUAAAGGCAUGAAUUUUGCUGCUGAGAAGAGAUUCAUGACCCGAGACUACCUGGAGAUGAUGUGGAGGCGGCUUGAUUUCCUAAGAACUGUUUUGGAGCUGAGACACAACUUCCUUUUCACGGACAUGGAUAUUAUGUGGUUCAGAAGUCCUUUCCAACACUUCUCUGGCAAUUCUAAUUUCAUGAUAGCUAGUGAUUCUUUCAAUGGAAAUUCUUCUGAUCUACACAAUUAUCCCAAUAACGGAUUUGUCUAUGUGAAAUCUUGUGAACAAACAAUUGAAUUUUACAAGUAUUGGUACUUGGCUCGGAAACUGUAUCCAGGCGAUCAUGAACAAACGGUAUUAAACAAAAUGAAAAAAGACAGCAAUUUUUUCACCAAGUUCCAACUAGAGAUAAAAUUUCUCGACACAGCUUAUUUUGGUGGGUUUUGUCAACCUAGCAAGAAUCUAAACAAGGUUUGUACAAUGCAUGCAAACUGCUGCGUUGGUAUGGCAAAUAAACUCUAUGACCUGAGAAUUCUUCUUGAGGACUGGAAAAACUACACAGCUCAACCAGCAGAAGAGAAAGAACAGGGAGGGUUCACUUGGAGAGUUCCAAUUAAAUGUAAGCAUUAAUAGCAAAUCCAGGGGUCUUGCAUCGGGUGGCGUUGCUCCUACGAAAUGUAACUAGUGAGCAUUUUUAUUCGUUUGUUGCAGAUUAUUGUUUCUUAAUUCUCCAAGCUCCAUAACAACAUUCAUGUAACAGAAGGAAAAACUUUCCAAGUGAAAGAUGUUUCCAAUAAUUUGUAAGCCUAUCCGCUCUAUACCUUUUGAUAGCUUACUAAGAUGAACUGUUCACCUUAUCAUUUGAUUAUUCUUCUACACAAAUAAACCAUGUUGUACUUCA